GCCAUUUUGUACAACAUAUGUAGGCACACCCACAUGUAGUACGUCACAUUGAGCAUUCUUCCAUGGCUGUUCCUCUCGAUUAACGCACUCCAGGGCUGCGUUCGGAAAUACACACUAUGUGUACUACACUACUAGAUGAUAGCCGUUAAAAACGCAGCCCAGCUUGGUAGAAUAGGAAUUCCGGGUCAUAUGUAAGAAAAAGAAGAAGCUGUUAUGCGAGUACUAUUCACUACCGGUUGAUCCAUUGCAGACGGACCUUUAACGAUUCUGAUACUUGAGGAUUGUUAUAGAGUUCGAUUAAGUAGUUAAAAAAUAAUAUUUACAAAGUGACAAUGAAUACAAAGGAAAAAGAAAAGUAUAUUGAGGAAUUCGAAUUCCCGCAUUGUGAUGAAUCCUCAAAAUAUGAGAAAGUCGCUAAAAUUGGCCAAGGAACUUUUGGAGAAGUAUUUAAGGCCAGAGAUAAGAAAAACCCUAAGAAGUUUGUUGCAAUGAAAAAAGUACUGAUGGAUAAUGAAAAAGAAGGAUUUCCUAUUACAGCACUACGAGAGAUAAAGAUAUUACAAUUGUUGAAGCACGAAAAUGUCGUGAAUCUUAUAGAGAUUUGUAGGACACGAGCUACCCAGUAUAAUCGGUUUCGCUCAACUUUCUACCUAGUAUUUGAUUUCUGUGAGCACGAUUUAGCUGGCUUAUUAUCAAAUGUAAAUGUAAAAUUUAGUCUAGGAGAAAUUAAAAAAGUUAUGCAACAAUUAUUAAAUGGUCUUUACUACAUUCAUAGUAAUAAGAUUUUACAUAGAGAUAUGAAGGCUGCUAAUGUUUUAAUAACAAAAAAUGGUGUACUAAAGUUAGCUGAUUUUGGUUUGGCACGAGCGUACAGUUCUAAAAAUGGUCAUUCAAAUCGUUACACGAACAGAGUUGUCACUCUGUGGUACCGACCGCCAGAAUUACUUCUUGGUGAUAGAAAUUACGGACCGCCUGUAGAUUUAUGGGGCGCUGGCUGCAUCAUGGCUGAAAUGUGGACAAGAUCGCCCAUAAUGCAAGGGAAUACCGAGCAACAACAACUUAUAUUGAUUUCGCAGUUGUGCGGCUCGAUAACGACCGAAGUAUGGAAUGGCGUUGAAAGUUUAGAUUUAUUCAAUAAAAUGGAUCUUCCUAAAGGACAAAAGAGAAAGGUCAAAGAUAGAUUGAAGCCAUAUUUGAAGGAUCCAUACGCUUGCGACUUAUUGGAUAAACUCCUAAUUCUCGAUCCUCAUAAGAGAUGUGAUUCGGAUUCGGCGUUGAAUCACGAUUUCUUCUGGACUGAUCCGAUGCCAUGUGAUCUUAGCAAAAUGUUGGCGCAACACACUCAAAGUAUGUUUGAAUAUCUUGCACCUCCAAGAAGGCCAGGUCACAUGCGUCAUCCGCAUCAUCAAGUAGCCGCUGGAGCGACUAAACCCACCACUACUAUGGCAGAAAGUAAAAAAAAAAAGAUAGAAAAAGAUGCAACCGAUGAUGUUUAAUGACUAUUUAGAGGUUAUGUCAUUACCAUAAGAUUGGUAUAACUUCAAUGUAAUUAUCAAAUAUUUCAUAUUUGAGAGUAUUUUUCAAUCGUAAUUACAAACAAAUCAUGUGAGAUGGAUGAAGAGUUACUUGGCAAUACAUUGUCAUUUAUUAUACAUUUUUCAAUUGGAACAAAUGGAAGAGAGAAAUUUCAAAUCAAACAAGAAUUUUUAAUGAGACAUAUUCUUAAAUGAAUCUUUACUAAUGAUAAAUUUGCGUUAUUGUGCGUAAAUUUUCUUGAAGUUGCUUCAUGUUGCAUUUUUCGUUGAUUUUCUUCAAUUUACAUAUAUGUGAUCUCUUUAAAAAAAAAGAUAUAAAAUUAUAAAAGAAUAAAAAAAUUACAUUUGUAUUACUUUGAUUAGACUUAAAUAGGUAUGAUAUAUACAAUAUCA